AUGAAGACUAGCCUCGUUUCGGCGUCGGCGCUCCUUGCGCUGGGCGCCAUUGCUCCUGUGAUGGCCAAGAGCCCGUCGCAGUAUGUCGCUACGACGUCCUUCGGCCCGGACGCCUACACUGUCCCUGCGGCCUUCCCCACCUCCGAGUUCCCGUCCAUGGACUUUAUGCCCAAGAGCCAGGAGGCUGAGCCCCGUCCCGUGAUCACGCGCGUGGAUGGUGGCAAGUUUGAAGACACGCUUGUGAACCCCACGCAGCUUCCCAACAUGGCCUCGGCAAGUGAGGCCGUCUUCCCUCUGGCCACGCAGAGCGCGCAGGCGGCCGCUAACAACACCAACUUCCGCGAACAGGCGCUGACCAACUUUACGAACCUGCUCAACGAUAAGGGUCAGUCCGACUGCCAGAAGUGCCGUCUUGCGCUCCAGCUUGGCCAGCGCGUCGUCCAGGGUGCCCCGUCGCUUGGUCCUGCGCUGAUGGUGCAGCUUUGCCAGCAGUACAACUACACGACUACACCGACUGUCAAAAUUGGCUGCGAAAACAAGUACGGUGCCUCGGCCCUUGGCGCUGUCCUUACGCAGGUCCUGAGCUACUCCAACUUUACCGACGACUCACCCACGCUGGACUACCUGUGUGCUAUGCAGGUGACCAGCCAGCCGUGCCCCAUCCCCCAGCAGGAUGUGUUCACCCCCGAGUUCCUCUCGGACUGGUUCAAGGGCAAGCCUGUCCCGCCUCCCGAGAUUGAGUCGCGCUCGAAGAAGACCGGUAAGAAGCAGGACAAGCCGCUGCGCGCGCUGCACGUCUCUGACUUCCACGUCGACCCUCGCUACGUGGUCGACUCGGAGGCUGCGUGCAGCGGCUACCCCUGCUGCCGCGCCGACUCGUACAACAGCACGCUCUGGAGCAAGCCCGUGUUUGACGUGGGCACGCUCCCCAAGGAGAACAUUUCGGAGCCUGCCAACUACUGGGGCCACUACCAGUGCGACCCUCCGUGGGGCCUCGUUGCCGCUGGUAUGCAGGGCAUUAGCGGCAUUACCGAGAAGGACGGUGCGCUGGACUUUGGUGUCUUUACCGGUGAUCUGACGACGCACGACGCGACGAACCACAUUUCGAGGGACCUUGUCAAGUACGCCGAGCAGUCGCUCUUUGACAUGUUCCACCGCCACAUGGGCAAUGCCACGAUGGUCGUUGCGCUCGGCAACCACGACACGUCGCCCUCGGACCAGACCGCGCCUGCGGGUCUCCCCGAUGGCCGUGGCGACCAGUUCUCGUGGAACUACGAGAACGUCGCCUCGCUCGUCAAGUCGGAGGGCUGGGGCAACGACUCGACGGCCGAGAGCAUCCGCUCGCACUACGCCGGCUACUCGGUGAGCCCCCGCCAGGGCUUCCGCAUCAUUGCGCUGAACUCGGACAUGUGGUACAAGGGCAACUUCUUCGCCUACAUGAACCUGAGCAACCCUGACCAGAGCGGCAUGCUCCGCUGGUUCACCGACCAGCUGCAGGAGGCCGAGGACCGCAACGAGCGUGUCUGGGUCGUCGCCCACGUUCUCACCGGCUGGAACGGCGGUGACGCGCUCGACAACCCCUCGAACCUGAUCUACCACAUUGUCUCGCGCUACUCAAACACCAUUGCGCACCUCUUCUUUGGCCACUCGCACGAGGACAUGUUCCAGCUGUACUACAACGCGACCAACGGCAACUCGACCUCGGCGAGCCGCAAGUCGGCGGACGUCAAGGCGCACGCCUUUGUCGGCCCGUCGCUCACGCCACUCACCAACGUCCAGCCGUCGCUGCGUAUCUACGAGGUGGACCCCGAGACUUACGAGGUGAUGGACUACCACCAGUACUUUACCCCCAUCUCGGACUUUAAGAACGCUACGAGCCAGGGCCCCAUCUGGCACGAGCUCUACUCGGCGCGCGAGACCUACUCGAACCUCAGCGCCGCGCAGCAGGCUGGCACCUACGCUGCGCCGGUCGCCCUCGAGAACGGCAUGUGGCCCAAGAGCGCCCCGCUCAACGCUAGCUUCUGGGCGGCGGUGACCGACGAGAUGGAGCAGCGCCCCGAGCUGGUCGAGCUCCACCACCUCUACCAGGGCCGCAACUCGCCGCGCUCGCCGGCGUGCAACACGGACGAGUGCCACAAGGCCAAGGUGUGCUACAUGCGCUCCGGUUCCUCUUCGCUCGGCCGCGCCUGCCCCAAGGGCUACGGCUCGGUCCAGAGCGCUUUUGAUGUUUGA